AUGGCCAGUAUUUCGAACCUCAGUCAGACACAGGCUGGGCACUGCAUGAAGGGGAGACUAUGUUUGAAAGACAUAGAAGAGAGCAACAGGAAGAAAACAAAGAUUGAUGGGCACCCUUUAAGAAUGUCCCAAUGGCUUGUCAAAAACCUCAGUCAAAGGCAGACUGAUGAAUUUCUGAAACUACCCAUAACUCAAAUCUGCUCAAAGUUUCCAUUUGACAAUAAUUGGUCAUUCUUGCAAAUGGUGAAUGAACUUCCACAUGGUCCAGCAUGGAGUUGUAAGAAGGUUACUAUAUGCAGUAACCGUGAGGAUGAGAAUGGAGAGUUGUUGCAAGAAGAGGUGGAAUUAUGA